UGUUGCAAUGCCGAAAACCAUUGUCUUCUUCGUGGUAAUGAUGGAAACGAAUAUCGCAAGCAACAAACAAGUCUCCUAUUAACUCCAACUCGAGUGACACAGCAUGGCUGGGCAAAUCUCUUUGCACUGACCGAUACGGGUCUUCUUCGAAAGGAUUGGGUCUGUGUGCGAUCCAAGCGUGUUGGGGGACCUUUGGGUUCCCUCUGGGUGUUUUCCGACUACACCACAGAUUUGAACCUCUGCCCAAUUUCAGAAUUGGAAAACCCCGACGAGCGAGAAUGGUGGCGCAGUUGGAUUCAAGAGCAAAUGACUUCCAUUGCAAAUCUUCAGGCAAAGGACUCCGAUAAAGGUUACCAGGCUGUGAGUACUACAAAUCAACGUGAAGCAGAAUAUCGAUGGGUAUAUGAUAAGAUUCAUGGAAAACUGGUGAACGCGCAGACAGGGUACUGCUUGGAUAGUAGUAAUGGUGUUACACCAGUGCCGAAGCCAUGUGUUGAUGGAGCUCCUUCUCAAAAUUGGCAGUUUAGUCACCAUGGCUAA